AUGGCAACCCAAAUCGGAGGAAAAGCCUAUAUGAUUUCACCGAUAAAUUUUGUGCGAAUCGAUCCUUCGGUGAUUAGGAAAAGCAUAUGCUUCAAUUCAGAGAAAUCACUGCCCAGAAGAUUCUCAAUUCACUGCUCUCAAAACCAACCCAAACUUGAACUCAGAACCUGCAAAAAUUGCAAGACCCAGUUCGAUCCUUUGCUCAACCAUCCCCGAGCUUGUCGAUACCAUACUGCUCAUUUUGGAGGGGAAACAAAGAGGAAAUUUGAGAGUGUGUACAGUGGAGGAACUCUGGAUACACCAGAUUCUGGGAAAGUCUUCCAAUACUGGCAUUGCUGUGGUUCUGAAGAUCCCUUUGACCCUGGGUGUACAGCUUCACCACAUGCUUCCUAUGAUGAUUAA